CUCGGGCGACGUGGUCCUGGACCAGUCUAAGGACUACGACUCCCGGCGUGCCCCGCGGCCCAAGGCCAGAAGGGCCCGGAUCCGGAACCGGAUGAGGCUUGAUGCCCCAGUGCCCGCGGCGCUGGGGAAAUGGCCACGGGAACAGACCAGGUGGUGGGACUCGGCCUCGUCGCCGUUAGCCUGAUCAUCUUCACCUAUUACACCGUCUGGGUGAUUCUCUUGCCAUUCAUCGACAGUCAGCAUGUCAUCCACAAGUAUUUCCUGCCCCAAGCCUAUGCCGUUGCCAUCCCACUGGCUGCCGGCCUCCUGCUGCUCCUGUUUGUGGGCGUGUUCAUCACCUACGUGAUGCUGAAGAAUCAGAAGGUGACCAAAAAGGCUCAGUGAAGGCCCAGCAGGGAUGAGGCUGCGGCCCCUUCUCUGCUUCUUCUCCAGGGCAGACCAAGGGUGGGGGCCCAGAGGACCCAUCCAGGCACUGAGGGCCCCUCAAGCCUGGCUACCCUGCGGACACCCUCGUGGGAUGGAGCUGCUCAGGGCUCACCCCUGCCUGACCAGAGCCCCUGCUCACCCUUCCAGAAGCCAGGAGGGAGGAGUCCCUGGAAGUCUCCCUCUCACCCUCUUCAGGUUCAGGGCCUGGAAAGUGCUGGUCCGCCCCACCUCACUUUUCAGACUCCCUGUCGCUCUUGCCUCUGGCUUCUACACUCUUUCCUCAGUGUCCUUCAUGUCACAUGCCGUUGCUGGACUUGGCAGGUUCUGGGGCGUCACGUGACCUCCCCCGCCAUGUCCUGCUCCUCCACAAAGGCAGCUUUCCCGGGUCUGACAUACCCCAGACCCCACAAGGAUUUCUGGACCUGGAAAGCCUAGGGGGAGGCCUGACAGGCCCCAGAGCACAUUAGGGUGGCCACACGGGGGGCCCCUGGAUUGACCGCUUCUCACGGAGGCCCGGCCCCCCAGCCUCAGUGCUGCCCUGUUGGGGAGAGCUGAACAAUAAACGCUGAUGGUGUGUUUGUCUCAGUGCCAUCCCUG